UGCCGCGACUGCCUCAGCCCCGAGCCCGCCGACAGCAUCGCGGAGCCUGGAGCAGCUGUCAUUAAUUGUCCAGUGUGUAAGAAUCAGUGCUUACAGAGGGACCUAGUGGACAACUACUUCCUUAGGGAGGAUUCAUCAUCUGAUCAAGCAGCAGAAACUAUUCAGAGGUGCACCAGCUGUGAGGACAAUGCCAUAGCUAAUAGUUACUGUGUGGAGUGCACAGAAUGGCUUUGCGAGACUUGUGUGGAAGCCCAUCAGCGAGUCAAGUAUACCAAGGAUCAUACUGUCAAAGUCAAAGGUGGAUCCCAAAAGGAUUCGGAACAUACUGUAUUCUGUCCAGUACAUAAGCAGGAGCCUCUCAUGCUGUUUUGUGAUACUUGUGACACAUUGACCUGCCGUGAUUGCCAGCUACAAGGACACAAAGACCACCAGUACCAAUUUUUGGAGGAUGCUGUCAAAAACCAGCGUAAAAUCUUAUCUGCUCUUGUGAAAAGACUUGGAGAAAAACAUACUACACUUCAGAAAUCUACCAAGGAUGUUCGUAACUCAAUUCGUCAAGUGAUUGAUAUGCAGAAGAGGCUUCAAGUAGAUGUGAAAAUGGCCAUCUUACAAAUCAUGAAAGAGCUGAACAAGCGUGGAAAGCUACUUGUCAGCGAUAUGCAGAGAGUGACCGAAGGCCAUCAGGAUAAACUAGAGAAGCAACACUGGAACAUGGCCAAACUACAGAAACAUCAGGAACACAUUCUGAAAUUUGCCUCCUGGGCCCUUGAGAGCAACAAUAACACGGCUUUGCUGCUUUCCAAAAAACUGAUCUACUUCCAGCUGCACCAUGCUUUGAAGGUUGCAGUAGAUCCAGUUGAACCAUUGGGUGAUUUGAGGUUUCAGUGGGAUUCGGAAACCUGGACAAAACAUGCAGAGUUCUUUGGUAAAAUUGUAUCAGACAAAACUGGUGUCCUGCCGUCUUCGGGAUCACAGAAUUCAAAUUCUCAAGUGCUGACGCCCCUUACUAACUUCAGUCCGAUGGUACAGAACCGGUCGAGAACUGGUCAAGGGAGAGGUAACUUUAUCCAGGAUGACUAUGCAGAGGGUGAAUCUUCUGGCUUAGAAUCUGUUGGUCAAAAAAGGGGACGUGCUUCAGAGGGAGGUGAAGUUAAUGAACAAUUAAAGAAAGUUCCUAGGGUCAGCUUGGAGCGUUUAGAUGUUGAUCUUAGUCCAGCCACACAACCCCCAGUUUUUAAAGUCUUUCCUGGAAACACCACAGAGGACUAUAAUCUCAUUGUAAUUGAGAGAGGGAAUGCUGGUGCAGGUGGAGGAGAUCCUGUUGUAAAGGAGGAAGCAAUGGAAACGGGCAUCAGCAUUCCAACAGCUGAAUCCAAUGAGGAAAAGCCCCAAAUGCGUGCCGAUGGCUCGUCUGAAAGUGCUCCCGCAGUUCGCCCAGCAAGUGCACCCAGCGAUGGUGUCGCUUCAGAUGCUAACUCGGGGUUAUCAGAAGCUGGCCCUGCUGCUCGCUGUAAGGUGUGCCAGAAAGAAGGAUCACUGCUUGCAUGUGUCAAGUGUAAAACCAGCUUCCACAGAGACUGCCACCUGCCUGCCGUUGUGGAAGUGCCAAGUGGAGAGUGGAAGUGUAUGCUCUGCCAGGAUAUAUCAAAGACCGAUCAAGGAGACGUUCCAGCAGAUGCUAAUCCUUCUGAUAUGUCAGCAGUUGAUCAGAAGAAGUGUGAACGUGUACUGCUGGAACUACUUUGCCAUGAGCCCUGCCGGCCUUUCCACAGACUCUCAAGUGGAGCGGAUGACAACCCAUUGAUCGACUUGACACUCAUUCGAGCCAAGCUGCAACAGAAGCUUUCUCAGUCAUUCGCCAGCCCAGAAGACUUUGUUAAAGAUGUCUGGUUGAUGUUUAGGAAUGUCAGCAAGUUUGCAGAGGACAAAGCCGUGGUUCAGUCCAUCAUCGAGCUGCAGGCCUUUUUUGAAGCAAGGCUUAACCUGCUCUUUGGCGAUCGCAAGUUCUCCUGCCUCACGGGCGAUGUGGGCGCUGAUGAGGAUCAGCAAAACGAAAGCUCGACUCAGCGGAGCUCCCCCAUGAGCACAACUAGCGAAAGCGUAUCAUCCGUAAAGAACAGCGGCGGCGAUCAGGAAUAAUCUUUUAGGCUUGGAUCUAUUCCGAUAGUCUAAUCCAAGUGGGUCAUGCGCAUGUUCCCGUAUCAUACGAAGUCACGACUGCGCAAAUGACUGGAGAUUUUAUUAUAGUACUUCCCUUCCUCUUUCAAUAGCUGAGUGAUAGAUUGUCACUGAAGAUGAGUGAUUGGCUGUCUUUGGCAGUGGAGACUUUCUGGAGAGGUCAGUGUAGUAGUUAACAAGC